AUGGUCCCUCCGCCUCUCCGGACACAGCUCAUUUUGUGGGCUAAAAUAACUACACCAUGGGCAGAACUAUUUGUGGUCCUGGUGCAGCCUGAUCUGACACAGCGCUGUGCUGCUGGGCCGCUCUUCACGUCUGCAGAGCUCGGUAUGGAUAAGACUCAUUUAUCCAGCGCAAACGAACUCAUCAUGACGACUCCGACCGGGCCGUAUCAACCCGAGCCACGGACCCCACCCCGAGGCUCGCACCAUCACUCUUCCUCCUCCUCCUCCUCCCCCUCCUCCUCUGCGCCUCUCAAACCAAACCAGGUGGGACAGGUCAUCCUCUACGGCGUCCCGAUCGUGUCCCUGGUCAUAGACAACAACGAGAGACUUUGCCUGGCACAGAUCUCCAACACCCUCCUGAAGAAUUAUAGCUACAAUGAGAUCCACAAUCGGCGCGUGGCCUUGGGGAUCACGUGUGUCCAGUGUACGCCCGUGCAGCUGGAAAUCCUGCGCAGAGCCGGUGCCAUGCCCAUAUCGUCGCGCCGCUGUGGUAUGAUCACAAAGAGAGAAGCCGAGCGCCUCUGCAAGUCCUUCCUGGGGGAAAACUCGCCGCCGAAGCUGCCCGACAACUUCUCCUUUGAUGUGAGCCAUGAGUGCGCCUGGGGAUGCCGUGGCAACUUCAUACCAGCGCGCUACAACAGCUCGCGCGCCAAAUGCAUCAAGUGCGCACUGUGUAAUAUGUAUUUCUCCCCGAAUAAGUUCAUCUUCCACUCGCACCGCACUCCAGAGUCCAAAUACAUGCAGCCGGACGCAGCCAACUUCAACUCGUGGAGAAGGCACCUGAAGCUGAGCGAGAAGCACGCGCCGGAUGAGCUGAUGUACGCCUGGGAGGACGUCAAAGCCAUGUUUAACGGCGGCAGUAGAAAGCGCGCUCUCCCGUCGUCGUCCCACUGCUCCUCCAUGGGCCCGGUCAAGUCCCUGCCUGCCUCCAUUAUGCCGCACAUGAUGGGGCCGGACCUGGGUCAGAAGAGGGCGCGCUACGAUGACGAUGAUGACAUAGACAGUGACAGUUUGUCUCCACGGAAAACGCCUCGCAGUUACCCCGUCAUCCCUGUGCCCAGUAAAGGCUUCGGCAUGCUGCAGAAGUUCCCCCCAACGUCGCUCUUCCCCUCGCCGUACUCCUUCCCUGCUUUUGGCUUGUGUCAGCAGAAGAAGGACGACAGUGACGUGUCUGUGGGUCAGAAAGGAGCAGGACUGUCUGGUCUGCUGUGGCCGGGCCGUAAGGACACGUUUUACCCUCCUUUCUGUAUGUUCUGGCCCCCGAGAGCAGCAGGAGGGAUCCCUGUGCCUACAUACUUGCAGCCUCAGCCCAGUGCCCUUACUCUGACUGAAAAUCCCUCCCUCAGACAGGCCUUUCUGGACCUGUCUGAUCCUUCUGAGAGCAGUGCUGGGGUGGGCUCCUCUAACGCUGUCACUGCCUCCAUCAGUGGCAGCAGUGGCACCAGUGCACCCAGGUCUGGACUCUUUGAGCCUGAGUGUCCCACAGUGACCUCUGACCUUCGUCCUGUCACCUCAGAGGGCUGGCUCAAACUCAUGGACCCUCCGACCUUGCAGAGCCGGAAGCAGAGUUACGGCUCUGCGUUUCGUCCUGUAGUGAAAGACGCCGACAGCAUCGCUAAGCUCCACAGCGGAGGAGCAACAGAGGAGGAGUUUGGGUCAGAGAGGCCGCACAGACUGUCUCCCAGCAGCAGCUGCAGCUACGGUAGCGACAGUGCAGCAGGCGACAGCGAGGAGGAGGGAGAGGUGGAUGUGGAGUCAUCCAAACAGGACGAGGAGGAGCAGAGAGUGUUCCUCCCUGUGGCCCAGGACAGAGGGAAGGACAGAGGCAUGGGCGCAGUGUAUCCCAGCUCCUCCCCUCAGUGCUCCACGGAGCCCGGCCUGCCCGCCUCCCCUCCCACCACCCCACCCCACAGAGAGGACCCAGCAUACAAAAACGUUCACAAAAACAGAGACGAAGGACUCCCUGCGUAUGCGACCAAAGACAACUCCACCAGCUCAGACGAAAACAAAGAAAAGAGCAGUUUUUUUGUGACGGAGAAUGAAGCCACAGCCCCGGACUACUGGAGAGAGUCCUCUGGGGACCAAAACCAAAGCGCCUCGUCUCCAGCUUCCAUGAAAAAGGACAUGGAACAUAUGGAGAAAGAAGAGCUCCAGAAAGUUUUGUUGGAGCAGAUCGACUUCCGGCGCCGACUGGAGCAGGAGUUUCACGCUCUCAAAGGAACGUCGCCUUUCCCUGUGUUUCAUAAUUUCCAGGACCAGAUGAAACGGGAGCUCGCCUACAGAGAAGAGAUGGUCCAGCAGUUACAAAUGAUUCCAUACGCAAACAUGAUAAGAAAAGAGAAGAUUAGCUCACAUUUGAGCAAGUGA